GGGAAGCCGCGGAGGCUCCGCCAUGGCCUCGGGAGCCGGAGGAAUUGGAGGGGGCGGUGGCGGCAAGAUCCGGACGCGGCGUUGCCACCAGGGGCCAAUUAAGCCUUACCAGCAGGGGCGACAACAGCACCAGGGCAUUCUUAGCAGGGUUACAGAAUCUGUUAAGAAUAUUGUGCCAGGAUGGUUACAAAGAUACUUCAACAAGAAUGAAGAUGUAUGUGGCUGCUCGUCAGAUACAAGAGAGGUUCCACAGUGGCCAGAAAAUAGAGAAGAUGAUCAUUUGGUCUAUGCUGAUGAGGAGAGCUCUAAUAUUCAUGAUGGGAGAAUCACUCCUGAGCCAACAGUCAGUAAUACAGAAGAACCCUCAACAACUAGUACUUCUUCAAAUUACCCAGAUGUAUUAACAAGGCCUUCUCUUCAUCGGAGCCAUAUGAAUUUCUCCAUGUUGGAAUCUCCUGCAUUACACUGCCAGCCCUCCACAUCCUCGGCAUUCCCAAUUGGCAGUUCUGGAUUUUCCCUUGUAAAGGAAAUUAAAGAUUCUACCUCUCAGCAUGAUGAUGAUAACAUCUCAACUACCAGUGGUUUUUCUUCAAGAGCUUCUGAUAAAGAUAUAGCUGUUACGAAGAACACUUCAGUGCCACCUCUGUGGUCCCCGGAGGCUGAACGUACUCCUUCACUCUCACAGCACGCUGCCACCAGCUCGAAAAAGCCGUCAUUCAACUUGGCUGCCUUUGGAACACUUUCUCCUUCACUUGGGAAUUCUGCAAUCCUUAAAACAAGUCAGCUUGGAGAUUCUCCGUUUUAUCCUGGAAAAACCGCGUACGGCGGGGCGGCGGCGGCCGGGAGACGGCCUAGACCGCGAGACACCGCGCGCCAGGCACCAGUCAGAAGACAGAUGAAAGCUAAGCAGCUUAAUGCACAAUCCUAUGGUGUGACCAGUUCAACAGCUCGGCGAAUAUUGCAGUCUUUAGAGAAGAUGUCAAGCCCUCUAGCGGAUGCAAAAAGAAUACCAUCUGUUGUUUCUUCUCCCCUGAAUUCUCCUCUGGAUAGGAGUGGAAUAGAUACCACUGCAGACUUUCAGGCCAAAAGGGAAAGGGUGGACUCUCCGUAUCCUCCUGUUCAGAGACUCAUGACCCCAAAGCCAGUUUCCAUAGCAAAUCGAACUGUUUAUUUUAAACCAUCUCUGACCCCGUCUGGUGAAUUAAGGAAGACUAAUCAAAGAAUAGAUAAAAAGCACAGUACCGGGUAUGAAAAACCUGUGACGCCAGGACAAACUAGAGAACAGCGAGAAAGUGGCUUUUCUUAUCCAAAUUUCAGUAUGUCUGCAGCCAAUGGUUUAUCUUCUGGAGUAGGUAGUGGAGGCGGCAAGAUGAGACGAGAGAGAACGCACUUUGUUCCAUCUAAGCCUCCGGAGGAGGAGGAAAUGGAAGUACCAGUAUUGCCGAAAAUCUCUCUACCCAUCACCAGUUCUUCACUGCCUACCUUCAAUUUUAGUUCCUCUGUGAUCACAACGUCCUCUCCAUCACCCAUUAGUUCUUCACAAUCAUUAACAAACAAGGUACAAAUGACCUCUCCAAACAGCACUGGCAGCCCCAUGUUUCGAUUUUCAUCUCCAAUUGUAAAAUCUACUGAGGCAGAUGUACUACCUCCAUCAUCUAUUGGAUUUAUAUUCAGUGUGCCUGUUGCAAAAACAGCAGAACUUUCUGGCUCUAGUAGUUUUUCAGAACCAAUUAUAAGUACUAGUUCAGCUCAAGAUAUCAGUGCAGUGAAUAGUACAAGCUGUAAGAAGAAGCCAGAUGAAGAUUGUGAGGGCCCUUUUAGACCUGCAAAAACCCUGAAAGAGGGAAGUGUUCUAGAUGUUCUCAAAAGCCCUGGUUUUGCAUCACCGAAGGCAGAUUCUCUUGCUGCUCAGCCUCCUACCACAAGCCCAGUUGUUUAUACAAGACCAGCAAUAAGUAGCUUUUCUUCUAGUGGCAUCGGGUUUGGGGAAAGUUUAAAAGCUGGACCGUCGUGGCAGUGCGAUACUUGUCUACUCCAGAACAAACUUACAGACAGCAAGUGCAUAGCCUGUCAGGCGGCAAAGCUGCCGCCCAAAGAGACUGCGAAACAAACUGGAAUUGGGACACCGAGUAAAAGUGACAGAUCAGCUCUUCCCUCCUCAGGGACGGGGUUCGGAGACAAAUUUAAACCGGCAGUAGGCACUUGGGAUUGUGAUACCUGCUUAGUGCAGAAUAAACCUGAGGCGAUAAAAUGCGUGGCCUGUGAAACCCCGAAGCCCGGGACCGGUGUGAAGCGAGUCCUUACGCUGCCCACAGCUCCGGAGAGCGCGGCGACUGCGACUGCCGCCUCUGCCACAUGCACUGUGACCACUGCCGCCUUAGGGUUUGCAGAGCAGUUUAAAAGGCCCGUGGGCUCUUGGGAGUGUCCAGUAUGCUGUGUUUUUAAUAAUGGCGAAGACAGUAAAUGUGUGUCCUGUGUGUCUGAGAAACCAGGAAGUUCGGUACCUGCUUCAAGUAGCAGCACUGUCCCCACCUCUCUGUCUCCUGGAAGCUGCUUGGGAUUAGACAAGUUCAAGAAACCCGAGGGCAGCUGGGACUGUGAAGUGUGCCUGGUACAGAAUAAAGCAGAUGCUACUAAAUGUGUGGCGUGCGAAAGUGCAAAGCCGGGCACAAAAUCUGAGUUUAAAGGCUUUGGCACAUCUUCCUCUUCUUCGAACCCAGCAGCCUCAUCCUUCAAAUUUGGUAUCCCAUCAUCCUCUUCUGGACCUUCUCAGACCUUAACAAGCACUGGAAAUUUUAAGUUUGGAGAUCAGGGAGGCUUCAAAAUCGGAGUGUCCUCAGAUUCUGAGUCUCCAAACUCCGUGAGUGAAGGCUUUAAAUUUCCUAAACCAUUAGGAGAUUUUAAAUUUGGAGUUUCGUCUGAGACUAAACCUGAGGAAGCUAAAAAGGACAGUAAGAGUGAGAACGAUUUUAAGUUUGGACUUCCUUCGGGCCUAAGUAACACAGCUUCGUUAGCUCCGUUUCAGUUUGGCGUGUCUAAUCUCGGGCAGCAGGAGAAGAAAGAGGAACUACCGAAGUCUUCGUCUGCGGGCUUCAGCUUUGGUCCCGGUGUUAUUAACCCCACACCUGCUGCUACCAACACCGCGGUGACCUCUGAGAGCAAGAGCAGCUUCAGCUUUGGAACCCUAGAAACCAAGAGUGUUUCAGUGGCUCCUUUCACGUGUAAGACGUCAGAAGCCAAAAAAGAAGAAAUGCCUGCCGCCAAAGGAGGGUUCACGUUUGGCAGCAUAGAACCCGCCCCUCCGCCAGCUGCCUCGUUGUUCGCGCUGGGAAGGACAGAAGAGAAGCAGCAGGAGCAGGUCACUUCCACUUCUCUGGUGUUUGGGAAGAAAGCUGACAGCGAAGAGCCAAAGUGUCCAUCAGUGUUUUCCUUUGGAAAUUCAGAGCAGACCAAAGAGGAGAGUUCUUCAAAGUCCACCUUUAGUUUCAGCGUGGCAAAACCAGCCGAGAAGGAAGCGGAACAGCCAACAAAGGCUGCUUUCACAUUUGGAACGCCAACCAAUACUGCGGCUGAUCCGGGGGCCACGAAGCCGGCGUUCACCUUCUUGAACAGCAGCGCCCCCACGUCCAGCGCGCCGGCCCCGGCUGCCGCGGGGGGCAUGUUCGGGAGCUCCGCCGCCGCCUCCAGCGCGCCCGGGACUGCCUUUGUGUUUGGACAGGCCGGCAACCCUGGGAGCGGCCCUGCCUUCGGGAGCGCGGCCGAGUCGGGCGCGUCUCAGUCGUUGCUCUUUUCUCAAGAGAGCAAACCAGCAACCACGUCGAGCGCGGCGGCGGCCGUAACCCCGUUCGUCUUUGGGCCGGGAGCCAGCAGCCACAGCACCGCCACCUCCGGCUUCAGUUUCGGAGCCACGACCACAUCCAGCUCUGCAGGAUCCUCCUUUGUAUUUGGCACGGGGCCUUCGGCGCCAUCUGCCAGUCCAGCAUUUGGUGUUAACCAAACCCCGACAUUUGGACAGAGUCAAGGUGCCAGCCAGCCCACUCCCCCAGGCUUUGGAGCUCUGUCCUCGUCAGCGGCGUUGUUUUCUGCUGCCCCUCAGCCCACACCGCCUACCUUCGGGAGCGUGUCAAGCAGCAGCCAGCCUCCUGUGUUUGGACAGCAGCCGAGUCAGUCUGCCUUUGGGUCCGCAGCAGCUCCGAGUUCCGGUUCUUCAGUUUUCCAGUUCGGCAGCAGCAGCACCACCAAUUUCAACUUCGCGAACAACAACCCGUCGGGAGUGUUCACGUUCGGGGCGAAUCCCGGCACCCCCGCCGCCUCGGGCCAGCCCUCCGGCUCCGCGGCCUUCGCGUUCAGCCAGUCUUCGGCCGCGUUCACAGUGGGGUCAAACGGGAAAAAUAUGUUCUCUUCUUCCGGAGCUUCGGUUCCUGGCCGCAAGAUAAAGACUGCUGUCAGGCGCAGGAAAUAAAGGUCGCGGUGUGUCCCACACCACGUUGGCAACUGCUGGUGCCCUGCUUCUCAGAUCCCGGCCGUACUGUGCGUGGUGGGGCUGGCUGUGGUCAGACCUGCCCGACGACUUCCUGAGUUCGCGCCCCCCCCCC